CUGCCGAGACUUCCCGCCGAUUCCGGAGGGGCGUCUGACCAGCGGCCGCCCGCUGCCCCCUGCGCGCCCUCCCUCUUUGUCCCUGGGCGCGCGGUUCCCAAAUUGGGAGGGAAACGGCCCGGGGGUGGGCCCGGGCGGCGGGGGCCGCGCCGGGCGGGCGGAGAGCCGGGAGGACCCCGGGCGCGCACUUGGGCGGCGCUCGGCGGCGCUCGCAACUCGUCGGGGCGGUUAGGGGCGCAGGGCCGCGCCGGGGCCGCCCCUCGCCGCCGGGGCGCUUCGCGGGCUGGUCUUUGUCUCCCGACGCUCGGCCCCUGACAUCUCUCCGGGCGGCGUGCGGUUCGUUUGACUCCUUCCUCGAACACCGCUGCCGGGACUCCUGCCUCCCAUUCAAAAUUAAGAGAAGGCGCUAAAGCUGCGAUUGUAGCCAAUUGUGUGGUUGGUGGCUGCGUUUGGAGCUUUCUGAGUUGAAAGGCUUUACGUGAAUGUGUGGUUUAGAAUUUGGGUUGUUUUCCUUCCCUUGAGAUUGUUUUCUAAGAUUGGGAUUACUUUUUCUUUGCGAAGCGGGCGGGUUCGGAUUUAUUAUUUGAAGGAAUGUUUGUUCAUUGAGAACCUGCGAUGCUCCAGAUUUCAUUGUGCUCACGCUUUAUUUUGUUAGCCUCAAGACCGGACUUGGUGGAAUCGAGUAAAUCAAGAGGGAAUCUGGAAAAGUUGUAAGCAAAACAUCAUUUCUCUAAGAAAGUACUGGGUAACAGAAGUUCCAGAUAACAGGGCAAAGCAGUUUGGUCACCAUGAGCUGGAGCUUCUUGACACGCCUGCUAGAGGAGAUCCACAACCAUUCCACAUUUGUGGGGAAGAUCUGGCUCACUGUACUGAUUGUCUUCCGGAUUGUCCUUACGGCUGUCGGAGGGGAGUCCAUCUAUUAUGAUGAGCAAAGCAAAUUUGUGUGUAACACAGAGCAGCCAGGCUGCGAGAAUGUCUGCUAUGAUGCCUUUGCGCCCCUCUCCCAUGUGCGCUUCUGGGUGUUCCAGAUCAUCCUGGUGGCAACCCCAUCUGUGAUGUACCUGGGCUAUGCCAUUCACAAGAUCGCCAAGAUGGAGCACGGCGAAGCAGACAAGAAGGCGGCUCGGAGCAAACCCUAUGCUAUGCGUUGGAAACAGCACCGGGCUCUGGAGGAAACAGAAGAGGACCAUGAAGAGGAUCCCAUGAUGUAUCCGGAAAUGGAAUUGGAGAGUGAAAAAGAAAAUAAGGAGCAGAACCAACCUAAACCCAAGCAUGAUGGCCGACGGCGGAUUCGGGAGGAUGGACUUAUGAAAAUCUACGUGCUGCAGUUGCUGGCAAGGACUGUGUUUGAGGUGGGUUUUCUGAUAGGGCAGUACUUCCUGUAUGGCUUCCAAGUCCACCCAUUUUAUGUGUGCAGCAGACUUCCUUGCCCUCAUAAAAUCGACUGCUUUAUAUCUAGACCCACCGAAAAGACCAUCUUCCUUCUGAUAAUGUAUGGUGUUACAGGCCUUUGCCUAUUGCUUAACAUUUGGGAAAUGCUUCAUUUAGGGUUUGGGACAAUUCGAGACUCGCUAAACAGUAAAAGGAGGGAACUGGAAGAUCCAGGUGCUUAUAAUUACCCUUUCACUUGGAAUACUCCAUCUGCUCCCCCUGGCUAUAACAUUGCCGUCAAACCGGAUCAGAUACAGUACACUGAACUGUCCAACGCUAAGAUCGCCUACAAGCAAAACAAGGCCAACAUCGCCCAGGAACAACAGUAUGGCAGCCAUGAGGAGAACCUCCCAGCCGACCUGGAGACUCUGCAGCGGGAGAUCAAAAUGGCCCAGGAACGCUUGGAUCUCGCAAUCCAGGCCUACAGUCACCAAAACAACCCCCAUGGAUCCCGGGGAAAAAAAGCCAAAGCGGGGUCCAAAGCUGGGUCCAACAAGAGCAGUGCUAGUAGCAAAUCAGGGGAUGGGAAGACCUCCGUCUGGAUUUAAUCUUGGCGGGGCUUGAAACUAGUGCUUUUCAUAGUUCAUGGUAAGCAGCGGCUCACUGAAUAAUGACUUCCAUUGAGUAAACAUUUGGCUCUGGUUAUCUUCAGGGAUGCUGUUGGCUUAUGAUCCAAGCUCAGGGGACUCUGAAAGCGGGGCUGGGACGAGGGGAAGAAAAGGGGAAAACACAGUGUUCCUGGGCACAUAUUCCAGCAAUAAUACAGUUAUGGAACUUUACAUUUAUGUCUUCCAGAUCUGGAAAAGAACAGAUAUAUUUAAAUCAUUCUUGUUGAAAAGUUUUUGUAUGUACAGUAUUAUGGUACAUUUUUUUAGUAUGAGAAUUUUUUUUGUAUUUGUAUAUUGGACCACUGUAGUUAUACUUUUAUAUUAAAGGGAAAAAAAUCCUUAA